AUGUACGAAAAAGUCCUAAUUCUCUAUCAUACUUCUAACAACAAAUUCAAACAACAUCAUCAGAACAACAACUCGAGCCCACUCCACUCGGGAUCAUCCCGUAUGCGUUCUGAUUCAGCCUCCGCCACCUUCCGUCUCUACAAUCAAGCACCUCCACUCACCAUUUGGUCCAACUAUGAACAUAACUCUGUGUUGGAUCUUCUCAACGUUGCAACCGAGCAGGAAAUUAUGGCUGAUGGAGGAGCCUCUACUUCCGUGAUGAUGAAGAGUGCAAGUUCAGCAGUUGCAGGCUCAACCUCCACCAGUACUGCUCCCACUCCUCUCAUCAUCAUGAAGAGUACCAAUGUUCAUCAUCAUGAUGAAAUGGUAUACGGAGGACAAGUCUUGGCUUUGAAAGACUAG